AUAUUUGUGAGGCUGCCAGUCAUAGCGCUGCUGGCGAGUCCAGCGCGGGAGAGCACAUUCCUUAUGCUCAGCCAGUGUCUGCGCUGCCAGCUCCAGUGCGGCGCUCUGCUCUGUCGCUGCCUAGAGACGGCGAUGCAUGCCGAGCGGAGUCGUCCGAGCCAGCGGCUCCCAGCUCCCAGCGCCGCGCGCAACUUUGCCCUGGACCAUGUCUAGGGGGCUUCGGGACCCUCACAGGGACAUGAUCGUCUUGAACGUCCGGGAGGAAGAGGUGGACUUCAAUUACUGUGCGCUGGCCCCCGGCCAACAGCUCUCUGUCUGCCUCCCUGCCGUGGAAUCCUCUUUCUCUCCCUGUUUUUUAUCUCGCUAAAUUUUUUUUUUUGGGGGGGGGGGUGGUUGGGGGGUGAUGCAUACGGACAGAGGAUAAGCCAGUUUCCCCAGAAUGGAAUGCCUUUGUAUCGUCACCACCAAGAACAGGCCGGCCGCGGUGCAGGGCUGCCCACACCCACCCCAGCCAGUAUGUAUGCACCCGGGAUGCAUGCACCCCGCCCUAAUGAGCUCACCCUGGUACCAUUAUCAGGAAGAAGACAUGCUUCCGCACGACCAUGGCUACCCGCGCCUCACGCACGAGGUCCAGCCCCCGGAGCUCCUGCACGUGACGGAGAACGCUCCGGAAGGGGACAGCAUGCACGGAUACGUGUCCCACUCGCACAUCUCGCCGCUAAAGCACUCUGUUACCCGCUGUGACCUUACUUACCCGAGCCUGACCGCCGCUAACUACAUGGCAAGUCCUGCCCCUAUGAUUGUCAAUGCGGAUACACUGGACUCUGUACCGUAUGUCAACGGGACCGAAAUUGAAUAUGAAUUUGAAGAAAUUACCCUGGAACGGGGUAAUUCAGGUCUGGGGUUCAGCAUCGCCGGAGGAAUGGAUAACCCCCACAUUGGGGAUGAUCCCGGAAUAUUCAUCACCAAGAUCAUCCCGGGCGGGGCUGCUGCUGAGGACGGCCGGCUCAGGGUCAACGACUGCAUCCUGCGGGUGAACGAGGUGGACGUGUCGGAGGUGUCGCACAGCCGGGCCGUGGAGGCCCUGAAGGUGGCGGGCUCCAUCGUGCAGCUGUACGUGCGCCGCAGGAGGCCGGUCCUGGAGACUGUCAGCGAGAUCAAGCUCAUCAAAGGCCCCAAAGGGUUGGGGUUCAGCAUUGCCGGUGGAGUGGGUAACCAGCACAUCCCGGGGGACAACAGCAUCUACGUCACCAAAAUAAUAGAUGGGGGUGCGGCACAGAAGGACGGACGGCUGCAGGUCGGCGACAGGCUGCUCAUGGUGAACCACUACACGUUGGAAGAUGUUUCUCAUGAAGAAGCGGUAGCCAUAUUGAAAAACACAUCUGAUGUAGUUUAUCUGAAGGUGGGCAAGCCCACCAAUGUUUACUUGAGUGACCCCUAUGGGCCUCCCGAUAUCACACACUCAUUCUCUCCAGUUCUUGAAAAGCAUAUCUCUUCCCUCGGCACUGAAUCUCUGGAGUACAAGACUGGUCUUCCUCCUAUCUCUCCUGGAAGGUACUCGCCCUUUCCCAAACACAUGCUGGGGGAAGAGGACGUCAACAGGUUGGAGGGUUUUUCAUUCUUACGAAACACCUCAUUAGACGAGGGGGAGGGUCACCGGUUUGAGUCGCAGCACUUCCAGUUAAGGCCUCCAGAGCCUGUUUACAGCACUGUGAACAAACUGUGUGACAGAGCACCCUCUCCCCGCCACUAUUCCCCUGUAGAGUGUGACAGAAGCUUCCUGCACCCCGUCCCCUUCCCUCACGUCCACGUAGGCCUGCUUCCUGACACCGAGAUCACCAGGGAGCCGCGCAAGAUCGUCCUGCACAAGGGCACCACGGGCCUGGGCUUCAACAUCGUGGGGGGCGAGGAUGGCGAGGGCAUCUUCGUCUCCUUCAUCCUGGCGGGGGGGCCGGCGGACCUGAGCGGGGAGCUGCGGAGAGGAGACCAGAUCCUGUCUGUGAACGGCAUCGACCUGCGGGGUGCUACACACGAGCAGGCGGCCUCCGCCCUGAAGGGGGCGGGCCAGACGGUGACCAUCAUCGCCCAGUACCGCCCGGAAGAGCUUGCUUUGUGCUGCCACAGACGGGACGCUCCAUCGGCACCAGAAUACAGCCGCUUUGAGGCCAAAAUCCAUGACCUGAGGGAACAAAUGAUGAACCACAGCCUCAGCUCAUGUGGCUCCCUGCGGACCAAUCAGAAGCGCUCGCUCUAUGUCAGGGCACUGUUUGAGUACGAGCGAGCCAAGGACAGCGGGCUGCCCAGCCAAGGUCUGAGCUUCAGGUACGGAGACAUCCUGCACGUCAUCAACGCCUCGGACGAUGAGUGGUGGCAGGCGCGCAUGGUGACGCCGGACGGGGACAGCGAGGAGAUGGGGGUCAUCCCCAGCAAGCGCAGAGUGGAGAGGAAGGAGCGAGCACGUCUAAAGACGGUCAAGUUCAACGCCAAACUAGGAACUCUUGAUUCCAAGGGGGACAUUCCUGGAUUAGGUGAUGAAGAUUUUGGAACAAAGAUACUGAGGAGUCCAGAGGACCUUGUGCUAUCAUACGAGCCUGUCAUACGACAAGAGAUAAGCUACACCAGGCCAGUGAUCAUUCUGGGACCAAUGAAGGACCGAAUUAAUGAUGACCUAAUAUCAGAGUUCCCAGAGAAGUUUGGAUCGUGCGUGCCACACACAACCAGGCCCAAGCGGGAGUAUGAGAUGGAUGGGCGGGACUAUCACUUUGUCUGCUCCAGAGAACAGAUGGAGAGGGACAUACAAGAACACAAGUUCAUAGAGGCUGGGCAGUACAAUGACAACUUGUACGGGACCAGCGUCCAGUCCGUCAAAUACGUGGCUGAACGGGGAAAGCACUGCAUAUUGGAUGUGUCAGGGAAUGCCAUCAAACGAUUACAAGUAGCACAACUCUACCCCAUUGCCAUUUUCAUAAAGCCCAGGUCGAUCGAAUCGCUAAUGGACAUGAAUAAGAGACUAACAGAGGACCAGGCCAAGAAAACAUAUGACCGGGCUAUGAAGCUGGAGCAGGACUUUGGAGAGUACUUCACAGCUGUGGUGCAGGGGGACUCUCUAGAGGACAUUUAUACGCAGUGUAAGCUGGUGAUAGAGGAACAGUCUGGCCCGUACAUCUGGAUUUCAUCAAAGGAAAAAUUAUAAGAACACAUCAAAAUUAUAUAACACACAUCCUUUACACUGAAGACCAUGGGGACUGCAACAUAGGAAUAAUUUGUAACAUAUGCAUAUUAUUAUUAUUAUUAUUAUUAUUAUUAUUAUUAUUAUUAUUAUUAUUGUUACUCACACAUUUUCUUCUUUUUUUUGGAAUAUGAUUGUUCUUGAAUGUACACCGCAAAGUGUUAGUAACCUUCGGGCAUCAGAAUGAGUUUGUUCAGUUUGUCUUUAUUUUUAUUUCUAUUUUUUGUAUUGUUUAAUGAAAAAACGGAGACAUUAUGUCAGUUUGAGACCUGUUUUCACAAUACUUGGAAAUAGCAUCAAAGAUGAUUGGACAGUUCAGCAAUGAUCGCCAUACCAAAACAAAGAACAAAUAUCAAUUUAUUUAUUUUUUCCCAGUAUACUUCUACUAGUGCUGUGUCCUCAAUUUUUGAACUUUCAUUUUUCAUUAGUGUUUGACUUAGUGACUCUGUCAUCUAUACACAUACUUCAACUCUGGGCACUUAGCAUUUCUUUUGUUUUGUUUCUUUAUUUCAUUUUGUCAAUAAGAUUUAAAUAUGUUUUUAAGAUGAUUGAAUUAAAAGAGUACAUUUUAGUGUCUUAAAAAAGUUAUGACAUAGAGGAUAUGUAAUUUCAGACAUUAAAUUAAUGUGCCACUGGGUAUAAAUCUGAUACUAUAUUUUGCUAUGUAUAUUGAUAGGGAGCACAAUGGCACAUACAAUAUUUGUAAUGAUGAAAUAACUUUUUAAACAAAUGAAAUCUAAAGGGCAAAUUUGCUUAGAGCAGUGUGCAAUUGUAGAUUUAGACACAAAUCAAUAUAAACACAAUGUGCUUUGUCCUUACGAAUGGCAAUAAUGGCAUUAAACUACUGUUCCAUACUCACUACAUUUAUUUCAGAAAAAACCAUUUGCUUCGUAAUGACAUUCAGCCUGCCCCAGUUAAGGACAAAGUGCAUUGCAAUUAGAUUGAGGGCUAACCUUAGCGUUAACAGAUUUUUAAAAAGAGGCUAAACAUAGUGUUUAUGUGUAGGGGUGCACGGUGGUGACCAAUACGUUUAUCUUCGUUCCGAAGCAUAAAACAAACAAUUACAUUUCCCCGCUCAAGAUGGCUACAGAUUUUUAAAAUGAUUAUAAUCCCAAUGUAAAUAUAUAGUUUUUUUCCUUGAACAUUCUUCCAAAAGGCUGAGAAGUUGUAAGGGUUAAGCCGUGUCGUGAUCCAGAAUCUGUUUCGCUGCACUUUUUGUUGAAAGUGUUUACAAAAAAAAAAGUGCUAAUGUUUACCUCAAACAACACCGAAGGUGCGUGGUUUAGCAGGCCUAGCAGGAAGAGGCGGCCAUGGAGACGGCCAGCCUGGUGUUGUCAGCUCCUGAAGUUGUAAAUGUACAGAGAACCUUAUUUAUUAUUCCCUUUUUAAUUGUAUAUGUAUAGAGUUUAUAUGUGAAAUUUCAUCUGUGAAUUGAUGUAAACAGGCAUAUAUAUGUAUAUGAUAUAUUUAUUUAUUGCUUGGUAUGUAUGUACAGUAUGUAUGUAUGCAUGUAUGUAUUAUAUGUAAGUAUGUAUGUAUGUACAGGUAUGUAUGUACGAAUGUGUGUAUGUAUGUAUGUAUGUCUGUAAUGUAUGUCAAACCCGUUUUCAUGUUUGGCUCCCAUUGAUAGUGAUUACUAACACAACUACUGAAUGCCUACAUGUUAAAACUUCUGCCACUGAAUAAACAAAAUGUUGAGAUGUUG